AUGCGGCAGGACAGCCUCCAAGGCCCCCCCGCCCGCGGAAGCUUCGGAGCUUCUCCUGGCGAGGUCUCGAGGCAGAAUUCAUUAGCUGCACAGGGGAUGCAGUUCCCGCAUGUCAAGCCAGAGGAGCGGAGUCCACCCCGCAAACACAGCUCCAAGAUGCCAGGGUCUCCGCAAAUGCCGCUCCCGUCAUCAUCAGGAGAGACGGGCGUACGCUUUGCGAGUCCCGUACGGCGGGCGUGGCAGGCCUGCAAGCGGGGCCAGUCUGAAAACUGGAGGGCGCGGAAGCCCCUGAUGGCAAAAGCCCCGAUCAAGGUAGAGGCUCCGGCUCCAGUCCCGACAAAGUUCGGCUUCUCGACACCGCGUGAGGCGCUGGAGAGGGACCUGACAGACCCAGAGAAGGUUCAGUAUAGUGAGUUGACCUUCGUCGAGCGGCUUGGCAAGGGGGAGUUUGGUGAGGUGUUCCGCGGCUUAUACCUCAACAAAGAGGUGGCCAUCAAGCAAUUGUUUUUUGAUGAGAACAUGACAGAGCUGGUGGUACAGGACCUUGCAAGAGAGAUCGACUCAUUUCGUCAUCUAAGCCAUAAGCGCCUAGUUCGCUUCAUGGGGGCAUGCCUGGAGCUCCCCAACCUUUGCCUAGUUACUGAGUACAUGCCGGGAGGGUCCUUGCACCACCUCCUGCACGUGCGUCGGCAAAAGCUGCCAUCAAGCCAUGCCAUGAACAUGUGCAUCCAGAUUGCAGACGGCGUUUCGUACUUGCACAGUCAGAACCCAACCAUCGUGCACCGCGAUCUGAAGUCCCUCAAUGUGGUCUUGGAUCUGAGUCUCAACAUCAAGAUCUGCGAUUUCGGGCUGACAGAAUCCAUGGAUCGCACGCAUAUCACCAAGAAGAACAAUGGUGGCUCCCCAAGGUAUAUGGCACCUGAGCUCUUUGACAGCCAGACGAAGAUCACUGAAAAGAUCGACGUCUGGGCCAUGGGCUGUAUCUUUGUGGAGAUCAAUGGCGGGCCUCUGCCAUAUGAGUCCAUCACGACCCUGGCUGACCUUACCAAAGAGAUGCUAAUCGCCAGGCGGACCCCUGACAUUCCCGACUUCAUUCUCGGCAUGAUGCGAGAUAUCUGCAGCAGGCUGGAGAUCCGCUUGAUAAGGAGGAUUUGA